AUGAGCUCGCAGAAAAAGUCUCUCCUGAGCCGCCUCAAGGUGGCCGUGAGGAAGGUGAAGCUCCUCUUGAGCGCCACCGUGCUCAGCCACGCCUGGCAUGCUGCAACCCUUCUCCGCGGCGUUUCUCUGAGCAAACGGCAGAUUAGUUUCAACGAUCGACCCGGGUUGAUGAUGUGUACUUCUUCUUCAGAUGAGACGGAUUCGGAGGGUUUGGUUUCUCCUCCUGCGCAAAUGCUUCAGAGGACAAUAAGCUGUCCCUCAGAUGAUGAUAUUGAUAAGAGGGCAGAGAUGUUCAUAACCAAUUUCCGACGACAGCUUCAGAUGGAGAGACAAAUCUCAUUGCAGCUACGCUAUUGCAGGGAAAAUAGUCUUGAAUUGAUCUCUCCCUGA